AAUCCUAGGCGGCGUCCCCUGGCCAUUACCUCAUUCCCUGGCCUCGUUCCCCCAAUCCCGGCCUCUCCAGGGGUGUAGCAGCAGGGCUGUUCUCGCGACUUUUGCUUUACCCUUCUGCUGUGCUACUGCUGUCGCGAGACUUCCUGCUCAUCUGCCGCUCCCUUUGCCGCCGCCUUAGCCCGGGACCCGAACCCAGCCUCUCCCCUACCUGAACACCGGCCCCGGCUCCACCGAGGCCCCGGUCCCCCAGCCCCGUCUCGCCGCCGCCAUGGCGGACCCUAAAUACGCCGACCUUCCCGGCAUUGCCAGGAAUGAGCCAGAUGUUUAUGAAACCAGCGACCUACCUGAGGAUGAUCAAGCGGAGUUCGAUGCGUUUGCACAAGAGCUGGAGGAGCUGACAAGCACAAGUGUGGAACACAUCAUUGUCAAUCCUAAUGCUGCCUAUGACAAGUUCAAGGACAAGAGAGUGGGGACAAAGGGACUUGAUUUCUCAGAUCGUAUUGGAAAAACCAAGAGGACAGGAUAUGAAUCUGGAGAAUAUGAGAUGCUUGGAGAGGGUCUGGGAGUGAAGGAGACACCCCAGCAAAAGUACCACCGCCUACUGCAUGAGGUCCAAGAGCUGACAACUGAAGUUGAAAAAAUCAAGACGACAGUGAAGGAGUCAGCCACGGAGGAGAAGCUGACCCCUGUGGUGCUGGCUAAACAGCUGGCAGCCCUGAAGCAGCAGCUGGUUGCUUCCCACCUGGAGAAGCUGCUGGGACCAGAUGCUGCAAUCAACCUUACCGACCCCGAUGGCGCCCUGGCUAAGCGCCUACUGCUGCAGCUGGAAGCAACAAAGAACAGCAAAGGGGGAUCAGGGGGAAAAACCACUGGGACCCCCCCAGAUAGCAGCCUUGUCACUUAUGAACUACAUUCUCGGCCUGAGCAGGACAAGUUCUCUCAAGCUGCUAAAGUCGCAGAACUUGAAAAGCGCCUGACAGAGCUGGAGACAGCUGUACGUUGUGAUCAGGAUGCUCAGAAUCCCCUUUCUGCAGGUCUACAGGGAGCCUGUCUCAUGGAGACUGUAGAGCUGUUGCAAGCAAAGGUGAGCGCCCUAGACCUUGCAGUUUUGGAUCAAGUGGAGGCUCGGCUACAGAGUGUCCUGGGAAAGGUGAACGAGAUUGCCAAGCAUAAAGCCUCUGUAGAAGAUGCAGAUACACAAAGCAAGGUGCACCAGCUAUAUGAAACUAUACAGCGCUGGAGCCCCAUUGCCUCCACCCUCCCUGAGCUGGUGCAGAGACUUGUCACCAUCAAGCAGCUGCACGAGCAAGCCAUGCAGUUUGGUCAGCUCCUGACACACCUGGAUACCACCCAGCAGAUGAUUGCUAAUUCCUUGAAGGACAAUACCACCCUCUUGACCCAGGUGCAGACAACCAUGCGUGAAAACCUGGCCACAGUUGAGGGGAACUUUGCCAGCAUUGAUGAACGGAUGAAGAAGCUGGGAAAGUGAGCACAUUUGGGAGCUGGAGAACAAGGGUUAUCCCUACCCCUGUGAACUCUGUUAACAGCUUACAUAGGGUUUCCCCUUUACUAUAACUCUAGCAUCCCCAUCCCAUUUGACACUGGGGGCAAGGGUUCUUCUUGCAUGUGGGGUUUAUACCCCUCCCCUGAUGAAUACAGAGUGGUAGCUAGGGGUUGGUUAUUAGAAGGUGGUCUCCCCUCAGGCCUGGGGGAUAAGGACGUGGGCCCAGCCACAUGCCAGCUCAUGUCCAAUACUGCUUUGCCUGGUGUGGGGAAGGACUGGGUCUUGUCCUCCAACACAGCUUCUGUGGCUGACUGUAAUACUGUACAACUGUUUCUAACCAUUAAAUGCUGUUGUACUCUGUGUGGCCUCUGCUGUGUUUCCUGGGGAGGAAGCAGCACUAGGACAUAGAUAUUCAUUCAUCAUAACAGGCAAUCUAAGCCACUCUAUACUACAAGAGAUGGAUUUAAAUUGUAACCUGUUCUUACCAAAGAACUAAAUAAAAAAUGAGUACAGAGCCAGA